AUGCAUGUUGCUAACAACAAGUUCAGUGAAACGCUGCAGAGGCUGCAGACGUUUAAGACUAUGUAUGACUACAAUGCAAGGCUCAAAACAUUUGCUGACUGGCCCUUUACUGAAAACUGCAAGUGCACGCCUGAAAAUAUGGCAAAGGCUGGCUUUAUACAUUGUCCAACAGAGAAUGAGCCGGAUGUUGCCUGCUGUUUUUUCUGCCUCAAAGAAUUGGAAGGCUGGGAGCCAGAUGAUGACCCUCGGGUUGAACAUUCAAAAAGAUCUACCACAUGUGGCUUUCUCUCUCUCACAAAAAGCACUGAUGAGCUGACAAUGGAAGAGCUGCUUCGGCUGGAGGUUUCCCGGAUUAAGAUUUUCUAUCGCAAGUUUGCCAGUGUGGUUACCCAAUACCUAGAUGAAGAGAUGACAGCCACCACUAGACGCCUGGUGGAAUACUUUGCUAAUCAACAUAACUGUUCACUAGAAAUGGAUCUUCAGCUUUAG